CCAUUUGCAAACGAAUUCGAGAUACGAGGACUUCAUUGUAAUUCUCCCCAUCUUAGCUUCGCUUCCCCCUUCUCCUGAGAGCUUCGAGGACGACGCCGACGACGACGACGAUCUCCGUUCCUCCAGAAGGACGACUCCAUCGACGCUCGAUCAGGGAUUUGAUCUCCAUUCUCCACUGAAAUUCGAACGGGUUCGAUUCCUUUGGAAGCCUGAGUUCUUUAUUUCGUUUUUCGUCUUAUUCUUUCUUGGCGUCUAGGGAUUAUGGGAAAGAUUCCAGCAAGAAUAUGGGGAAGCAGAGAGUUUCAACUGAUCAGAACUCUCCCAUCAUAAUUGGCUGCAAUGAUGAGCAUGCUGAUGUUGAGAUUCAGGAGUCCAGUUGGAAAAACAAGCUGUCUGAAGAAGAAUUUUAUGAAGAAGAACCAGAUGAAGAACCACAUAAAGAAGAACUGAAUGAAGAAGAGAAACGUUGUGAAGAAGAACUUAACCAGGAGGAGGAACCUGGUGAAGAAGAAUAUACUGAGGUGGAAACCUGCGAAGAAAAACUCACUGAAUCAGAACCAGGUGAGGCACUGUACAAGGAACAUGGUGUGAAAGAUUCAUCACCUAAUGCUAGCAGCAAUAAUGAAAAACACCAGCCAAAUUCUUCUCACUCCAGUUCAGAGAAGAAAAGAAGAUCAGCAGAUAGAUUGGAAAAUCUAGAAAAGAGGCAGAAGAAGGACCAUGACUCAAAACCAGAGUUUUAUGCCAGUCCUUUCGGAACUAAUCCCCAGGAUAAGCCUGGUUACUUGGUUACUGAGGUAAUCAGUUCAAAGAAACAGGAAAAUUCAGGGAGCUCUGGUAAGAAAAGGCCACAUAGAUGGGAUGCAAAGCCAGAAACUGAUGGGGCAGAAUUUGAUGGCAUUGUUAUGUCCACUAAGAAGAGGAAGAAAGGAUGGGCCAUCGAUGACAGCCAACUAAAGAUGCUGGGUCCUCUAAAGCUUCCUGAUCUUGUCAGUUGGCCUCUAAAUGAACCUCUAGUUGAUCCGGAAAUCCAGAAGCUGAAUGCUCAACUUCUUGAAAUAAACCGUGAGUUGAAGGCACGAAAACUGGUUGAUGAUCAAAAAUUGAUUGCAAAGCUCAUAGAGAAAAGGCAAAAGAUCAUUUCAGAGUUAAUUCAGAGGAAUCCUACUUUUAAGCCUCCUACAGAUUACAAACCUGCAAAGCUUUAUAAGAAGUUGUAUAUACCAGUAGAAGAAUACCCUGGCUACAACUUCCUUGGCCUUAUAAUUGGUCCCCGUGGACACACACAAAAGAGAAUGGAGAAGGAGACUGGAGCCAGGAUUCUCGUACGAGGUAAAGGUUCAGCCAAGGGAAAAAAGGUCCGGCAGUGCAAGGAUGCAAAAUAUGACCCAUUUGAGAAUGAAGACCUGCAUGUCUACAUUGAGUCAGACACUCAGCAAUCUUUGGAUUCUGCAGUGAAGUUGGUGGAGAAGCUAUUGGUUCCUAUGGAAGAAGAAAUAAAUGAGCACAAGCAUGCUCAGCUAAAAGAACUGGCUGAGUUGAAAGGAAAAGUCAGAGAGGAAAGUUCAAGUAGAAAUGAGAAGGCAGCAUUCAAAACGAAUGUGUCAUGCAAUAUCUGUAGCGAUGUGGUCCAUCUUACUGCUGCUUGCCCAUGGACAGCAUCAGCCCUGGGGACACAGACAAAUGGGCAUCAGGUUAGCUUUCUUGCAGAGCUCGGAGGUGAUGGAAUGUCCUUCUCUAAUGGUCUAUCAGGUAGUAGUUCCUCAGUACCCUGGACGGUAAACCCAGCUUUGCAUUCCGUACCAGCAUCUAGUGGCAAGCCCUUCAAAGAGAUUGAUGAAUCUAAACUAUUUGUGGGUUAUCUUCCCCGGUCUGUGAAUACUGAUAAGCUAAUAGAGCUUUUUUCACCUUUUGGAUGCAUCAGUGAAGCAGUGGUAAUCAAGGACAAGAAAACUGGUUUAAGUAAAGGAUAUGGUUUUGUUAAAUAUACUGAUCCUAUCUGUGCUGCUGAGGCAGUGGGAAAUAUGAAUGGAUACAGGAUUGAGGGGAAGAUGCUUGCUGUUCGGGUAGCAGGAUGCCCCCAGCCUACUGUCAAUACCAACUUAGAGCCAGGGCACCCUCCAAGCAUUAGCCGUUUUCCAACUUUUCCAAGUCCUGCAGCCAUUGCUCAAAGGAACCCUCAUGUGCUGGAUUGGCCAGGCCCUUCAGGAGCUAUGCUACCUAAAGCUUUUGAUUCUUUUCCUAAGAAAAGCAGCUUUGUGUCACAUAUUGCUCCUGUGAGUGAAAAGUCCCUAGCAUCCUAUGGUGCUUCUGGCCAAAUUUCAGUCCUGCCUUCAUUUGUUUCUGGUCCUGUGACAGAAUCUAGGGAAUCUGAGCAAUUUCUGGGUUACCUGAAAGGUUUUAAUUCUCAGGAUUAUCUGCAUCAGUCAUUGCCUUUCGAAGUUCUGCCUUCUCCACAGGUUCAUUCUACUAGGUCUUUUGGCAGCCAUCACAGGCCUUUCCUUCGUGCAACACCACAUUAAGGUCUCUUUGCUCCAUGCGAAGUAGCUUGAGUCCAAGUGUUAUAGAAAGCUUGUGACUCAUUGAGUUGUAGGAUAAUCAAUGCAAAAAUCAGCUCUUGAGCUUUAUGGCACAGGAGAUAUCUGAAGAAGCUUCCAGGUUAAAGGAAUUUAAUAUCCUGCAUUACCAGUACUAUGUUGUCGUAGUUUGUAAGAAUAUUGAUUCAUAAAUUGGAUCGUAAGACCUGUAACUUGCCCCUAGCAAUCUAGCUUUCUCUGCAAGGACAGGUCUUAAUCGCUUCGAUGUGAAAGACAAUUAAGAUGUUUGUUGACAUGAAAGAUGAUCUAGAUUUCUAUGCCAUCAUUCGCCUUUUCUUGUAAGAUUCUUUUUCCUGAAUGCUACAAAUGGUGAGAGGUGGCUGCUGCCACCCGAGUGUACACAGAAUGUAAUUUUUCUGUUUCUUACUUGAAUUUUCA